GUGAGCAGCUCUCUCACAACCACAACAGACCGGUAGCUUUCACAUCACUGCAGACGCCACACCAAUCCACCGUUUGAGAGGUAAAAACUAAGUUCUUUUAUUUAUUAUGUGGAUCAAUUUUCCUCCAUUGACUCACUGUGUACAGCAACAGGUUUUUGCUCAACUACAAUAAAAAAAGCUAAUUGUAGGCACACCCCCACAUACGUGGCACUAACAGAUGACAUGCCCACAUAUUCAACAUGAAGUUUCCUGAAUAACUGCAGCAGGGAGACAUCACCAGACACCCACUCUGCAGUUUGCCUCCAAUGCUCACCAAGGCUGCUGAUGGCUUAGAAGCAUGCAUGGCGUCACUCCCAGGUAGUAGGUGGGUGUGGUCUUCACUGACUGGUUGAACAUAAAAGCUUGAAUGCUGACACACACAAACACACAUUCACUCAGAGAACACAGAAGCUGUUUCUCUCUUCCUCUGCUCCAUUUCCCCCCAGCUGAAGCGGCAUCUAUAAGAAUCUUGCAAACGUCCCGGGAACGUCUGUAGCUGACAAGUUGUUGGAAAGCAAAUAUGUCUCUGCCAUUGUCCUUCCUGAUAUGUCUGUCAGUUUUCAACCUGUGUUUGGCAACUGGGCCUGUGGGGAAAGACAAUACAGCCACGGGUUGGUCUGAAAGAAGUCCUGAGUCAAAAGAUGUUCAGAGGGCGGCUCAAUAUGGUGUGGAGAUGUACAACAAAGAUUCGCAGGACAAGGAGUUGUUCAAGCUGGUCUCAGUUCACAGUGCUAAAUCCCAGGUAACCAGUAUGAUCGAGUUUAAAAUCAUUGCAAUCCUCGGAAAAACCAAAUGUCUUAAGACGCAAAACAUUGGUAUUAAAAGCUGCGAUUUGGACAAAGAGCAAGUAAAGUGUCAGUUUUUUGUGACUUUGAACCCCCGCAACAACAAACGUGAGCUGAACAAAAAGACAUGCCACAUAAUUGUACAGAAGGGUUAAUUCUUUUUCACAGUGUCAAGACAACCAAAGAUCAUCCCAUUAUUUCCAUGCUGGAGAUUUUAGGUUAUCAGUAACAAUACAUGAAGUUACCUUUAAAAUGAAUUACACAAAGUAGCAUCUAAACCCAAAAGUAAAAUCAAACUUCAAUAAAAUCAGUGAGGUUGUGUGUUUGUUUUGUCUCAUGCAAGCUUUACUUUUAACCUAUUUCCUUUUGUAUUUAAUCAUUAGAAAUCAUAGUCAGGCAGAGAGAGAGAGAGAGAGAGAGAUAGAGAGAGAGAGAGAUAUGCAAAGCCAUGAAACAGGAACAGCAGGCUUCAUGAUAAAAGGAAGUAAGUUUCCAGCCUGAAGAAUUAUAGAAAUAGUUGAGACUAUUUCUUAUUUCAAUACAAUAAAGUUUUAAAGAAUGAAGUCUAAACAAACUGAGUAAUUGAAUAAGACCCAAAGCAAAAUACUUGUAUUGAUAAUGUUUUCUCUUGUAAGAAUGAACAACUGUAACUUUGGUUUCAAACAAUAAGAAUAACGGAUGAUUCCUGUUUCCUUUUCAUAAGAACACCUAUAAUUACUCACAAUAUGAUCAUAAGAGUUACUAAUAAGGCAUGAUUAUCAUAAUAUUAUAAAUUACUGCUAAAUCUAAAGCUAAAGAGGUUAUAGAUGUGAUUUUGAUAAUGAACUUGAAAUGAUGUAAAAUGUGUAGCUGCAAUCAGAGAUCACUGAUGUUGUGUUGGAGGUAGAUAGUAGGUAAAGGAUUAGAGGAAAGAGGAACUAGAAGGUGAGCAGAGAUGACCAACACCUCAGAGUUUGAUGAUUUGGAAACAGAUUGUUGCAACUCAAACUGUUAGAAGAAAAAGACUGUGCAGGUAUAGAGUUUAGGGAGACAUUUGAGCAACACCAGGACAUGAACACAGAGAUCAGGUCAUAAUGUCUCUAAGACAUUGAUGGACACGAGGUCAUCUAUUCAAACAGACGGCCAAUAAUACAAGCAUGACAACAGUGACAGCUAAUGCAAGUGUAUCUAUAGGGUGGAGAAACCCUAUAAAAGGUGAAAGCAAAAGAGGAACCUUUGGUUGGAUCCUCCAGGCAGAU